GUAAAAGAGCCUGAAGCUCAUCUCUUGUUCUCCUGAGUUAUUAAGCAAAACACUUCCUCCACACCUAGGAUGAGAAGAUCUCCAGAAAGCACAGGGUAAAUUCCCAGUGUGCCAGGUCUCUGAACACAAAUUCCAGAUGCUUUGGCUGCUGCUGUGACUACACCUUAAGGCAAACUCCAGGCAGUUCCUGCAGGAAUAAGUUUGCAGCUCAGCACAUAUGUGCUUCCCCUGUGGCUUUUUCUGUGCUAUGAGGAACUUCAAAGGAGUCAACUUUGGAACUCUGCUUAGAAGCCAGAAGGAUGCUGAAGAGUUGCUGUCUGACUUGAAGGAGUUCUUGUCCAAGCCUCCAGCAGGUUUUCCCAGUAGCCGAUCUGACUCUGAGAGGAGACAAACUUGUGAUGCCAUCCUGAGGGCUUGCAACCAACAGCUGACGGCCAAGCUGUCUUGCCCUCAACACCUGGGGAGCCUGCUGGAGCUGGCAGAGCUGGCCUGUGAUGGCUAUGUGAUGUCCACUCCCCAGCGCCCUCCACUCUACCUGGAACGCAUUCUUUUCAUUUUACUACGGAAUGUUGCUGCUCAGGGAAGCCCCAUGGCCAUGCUCCACCUUGCCCAGCCUCUCCAUGCCUGCUUCGUUCAGUGCUCUCGCCAAGCUGCCUCACAGGACUAUGAGGCUGUGGCUUGGGGCAGCUUUUCUCUGCUUUGGAAGGGAGCAGAAGCACUGUUGGAGCAGAGAGAUGCCUUCUCAGCGCGGAUGAAGGCCUUGAGCUUCCUUGUCCUCCUGGAGGAUGAAAGUACCCCGUGUGAGAUUCCUCACUUUGCUUCUCCAACAGCCUGUCGAGCAGUAGCUGCCUAUCAGCUGUUUGAUCGCAGUGGUUGUGGUAUAAACAAAGCAGAUGCUGAUUUCUUAUAUGAUUUGCUCUCCAAAAAUGUGAUCAGAACCUUGGUGGGUGAGGAAAGUGGCUCUCCCAGUCCUCUUUCUUCCCAAAGGGCCCUCUGCCUCUUGGAGCUCACCUUAGAACACUGCCGUCGCCUCUGCUUUAGCCACCACUAUGACAAGGCCACCAGUGCAGUUGAGAAGGCUCGUGGUUACCUAAGGGACACCAGUGUAGCCUCCAGCCUCCAGCUAUGCCAGUUGGGGGUUGAGCUGCUACAUGUUGGGGUGGAAGGAUCCCAGGCAGUGGCCCAGCUUCUCAUCAAGGCAUCAGCUGUCUUGAAUAACAGUUUGAAGGCCCCAUCACCUCCACUUCGGGCAUUGUUUGAGACCUCCCAGUUCCUCCUUUCAGGCCUGGAACGAGGCAUCAAAAGACACUCUGGACCUGAUGCUAUUGGGAGCCUCUUCACUUUUCUUGGAGGAUACUGCUUAAUUAUCCAGCAGCUACGGAAUGAUGGUGCCUGUGUGCACUCUCCCAAACAGCAGCAGUCUUUGGUGCAGACGCACUUUCAGGGUCUUCACCUCUACACUAUGAUGGUUUAUGACUUUGCCCAGCGCUGUCAGGUAGCUGAUUUGGCUGACCUGGCUCAACUAGUGGACAGUUGCAGAUCUACUGCUGUUUGGAUGCUGGAAGCCUUGGAAGGCCUGUCAGGCCUGGAGCUGACUGACUACAUGGCCAUGACUGCCUCUUACACCAGUAACUUGGCCUAUAGCUUCUACAAUCACAAGCUGUACGCCGAGGCCUGUGCCGUCUCUGAGCCACUCUGUCAGCACCUGGGCUCUGCUAAGCCAGGCACUUACCAUGCGGUGCCUUCUGAGAAGUUGCACAGGUACUUCCGGCUACACGUAGAGAGUUUGAAGAAACUGGGUAAACAGGCACAGGGCUGUGAGAUGGUGACCUUGUGGCUGGCGGCUCUACAGCCCUGCAACCCUGAACACAUGGCUGAGCCCGUCUCUUUCUGGGUUCGGGUAAAGAUGGAUGCGACCAGGGCUGGAAACAAGGAGCUACAGCUGAAGACUCUGCGAGACAGCCUGAGUGACUGGAACCCAGAGACCCUGACCCUCCUGCUAAGGGAGGAGCUGCAGGCCUACAAGGCAGUACGGGCUGACACUGGGCAGGAACGUUUCAAUGUCAUCUGUGACUUGCUGGAGCUGAGCCCUGAGGAGACACCAGCUGGGGCCUGGGCUCGAGCCACCUACCUGGUGGAACUGGCUCAGGUGCUUUGCUACCACGACUUUGCCCAGCAGACAGACUGCUCUGCCCUGGAUGCUAUCCAGGAAGCCCUGCAGCUUCUGGAGGCUGUUAAGCCAGAGGCCCAGGCCAAGGAUCGGCUUCUGGACGAUAAAGCACAGGCACUGUUGUGGUUCUACAUCUGCACUUUGGAGGCCAAAAUGCGGGAAGGUAUUGAGCGGGAUCGGAGAGCCCAGGCUCCUAGUAACCUGGAGGAAUUUGAAGUUAAUGAUCUCAACUAUGAAGAUAAACUCCAGGAAGAUUGUUUCCUGUACAGUAACAUUGCCUUUAACCUGGCUGCAGAUGCAGCUCACUCUAAAGCCCUGGACCAAGCCCUGGCUCUGUGGAAGGAGGUCCUUACAGAGGGGCAGUUCCCAGCUGUGCGAUGUCUCCAGCAGACAGCAGCCUCACUGCAGAUCCUUGUGGCCCUCUAUCAGCUGGUGGCCAAGCCUCUGCAGGCCCUGGAGGCUCUCCUGCUCCUGCGGACCAUCUCUGAAAGACUGAAGGAUCACGCAAAGGCAGCUAGCUCCUCUUGCCACCUCACCCAGGUCCUCCUGAGCCUCGGCUGUCCCACCUAUGCCCAGUUUUACCUGGAAGAGGCUGAAUCCGCCCUGAUGCAUCUCAGUGAGACCACGGACACACGACUGCUGCUUUCUCUGACGUGUCACCUCCUUCGAAGUCAGCUCUGCUGGACUCAACAGAAGGUGACUGAGGGUGUCUCUCUGUUGCUGACUGUCCUUCGGGAUCCUGCCCUCCAGAAGUCAUCCAAGGCUUGGUAUUUGCUUCGAGUCCAGGCUCUGCAACUACUGUCCAUCUACCUUAACCUCUCAUCAAACAGCCUCUCAGAUGCUCUGCGAGAGCAGCUUUGGGCUCAAGGCUGGCAGACACCUGAGACAGCACUCAUAGAUUCUCAUAAGCUCCUUCGAAGCAUCAUCCUCCUGCUGAUGGGCAGCGAUGUCCUCUCCCUACAGAAAGCAGCUGUGGAGACACCAUUUCUGGAUUGUGGUGAAAAUCUGGUACAAAAAUGGCAGGUUCUGUCAGAGGUUCUGAGCUGCUCACAGAAGCUGGUCUGCUCUCUUGGCCACUUAGGGAGUGUGAGUGAAGCCAAGGCCUUUUGCUUGGAUGCCCUGAAACUGACGACAAAGCUGCAGCUCCCGGGCCAGUGUGCCCUGUUCCUGGUGCUGAAAGGUGAGCUGGAACUGGCCCGCAGCGACCUUGACCUCUGUCAGUCGGACCUGCAGCAGGUUCUGUUCCUGCUUGAGUCUUGUACGGAGUUUGCCGGAGUGACCCAGCACCCAGAUACUAUAAAGAAGGUCCACCUACAGAAGGGGAAGCAGCAGGCCAGGGUCCCCUGGCCCCCGCAGCUCCUGGAGGAGGAGCCUUUCCUAAAAGGUCCUGCUCUGGAGCUGGUGGCCACUGUAGCCAAGGAACCUGGGCCCAUUGCACCUUCGACAAACUCCUCCCCCAUCCUGAAAACCAAGCCCCAACCCCGCCCCGGCUUCCUGUCUCACUCUGCUUCAUGUGACUGCUCGAUCUGUGCCAGCCCUGUCCUGUCAGCAGUCUGUCUGCGCUGGGUGUUGGUCACAGCAGGCGUGAGGCUGGCCACAGGCCAUCAGGCUCAGGGUCUAGAGCUGCUGCAGGUUGUUCUAAAGGGUUGCCCUGCAGCCACCAAGCGCCUCACCCAAACUCUCCAGGCUUCCCUGAAUCACAGAGCCCCUGCCUCUCCUGACCCAAGCCUUCUUGAUGAGCUCCUGGCUCAGGCAUACACACAGCUGGCGCUGGCAGGCCUGAAGCAGCCAUCAAACAAGAGCCUGCAGAAGAUCUUAGAGUCAGGGCUGAAGUUCACAGCAGCGCGGAUCCAACAGCUGGAGCCCUGGCGAGCCAGCCUGCUCUUGAUUCAGGCCCUCGUAAAGCUGGCUGGCCUCAGCACCUGUACUACCCAACUUUUUGCAAGCUCCUGGGGCUGGCAGCCACCAUUAAUCAAAAGCCCCCCGGGCUCAGAGUCCUCUAAGAUCCAGAGCCAAAAACAUAGUGGACGAGGCCACCAGCAAGUAGCCUCUGCUCCCCUGCCCCUCCAUAAUGCCUCUCACAGAAGCCCAGAAGGUGGUGGACCACCCUGUACACCUAAGCCUGCAGGCCGAGUGAGGCCGGCUGGCCCUCGUGUCCCCUUCACUGUGUUUGAAGAUGACUGCCCUACGAAGAACAAGCCCGAGGUUCCCCAGGCCCCCCGGGUACAUCAGAGGGUCCAGACACGCCUUAAGGUGAACUUCAGCGAUGACAGUGACUUGGAAGACCCUGUCUCUGCUGAGAUACCGCUUGUUGAGGAACCUAAGAGACGGGGCACUGCUUCCUCGGGCCGGGGCCGGGGCCGGGGCCGGGCUAGGAAGAGCCCAAGCUUGGCGAUAGGUACAGUGGCUGCUCCAGGUAAUACCCCAAUGAGUGGUAAGAACCGUAGAACCAAGAAGGUGGCAUCAAGGCUCUGUGAAGAGCAGGGUCCCCAGACAGCCCCUUGUGGCCAGAACAAGCUGGGCCCUGAGCUCAUGAGGACUAUCCCUGAGGAGAAACUGACUGACAAGUGCACGGAAAUGAGCUUUGAGACCCUUGGAGCCUCUGACAGAGAAGACUCAGCUUCAGGUGGGAAGGCACUGGUUCCAGGUGCUGAUCCCCCCGUAGGUGAAUGUGAGGUGUUGAGACGGGAUUCCAGCAAGGAGGAGCUACCCAUCCUGGAACCAGGCAAGGAAAGCAACAGGGACGUCGGUGCUUGGCUCCAACCCCCCGUAACCAUUGGUUCUUCUACCCUGGAUUCCAUGCGCGACUCUCUGAGCAUUGCUUUCCGUGGGGUCAGUCAUUGCCCUGCUAGUGGGCUCUAUGCCCACCUCUGCCGCCUCCUGGCCUUGUGCCUGGGCCACCGGGAUCCCUAUGCUACUGCCUUCCUCGUUGCCGAGUCUAUCUCUAUUACCUGUCGCCACCAGCUACUCACUCACCUCCACAGACUGCUCAGCAAGGCCCAGAAGCAUCAAGGACCACUCAGACUGACAGAGCAGCUGCAGCAGCUAACCCUCCAGGAGAUGCCUGAUGAUGUCCCUCUGGCCCGCAUCCAGCGCCUCUUUUCCUUCAGGGCUUCAGGAGCUGGUGCCUUUCCCCAGCCCGAGAAGCAGCAUUUCCAGGAGCUCUUGGUGCUGCUCCCCAAGGGGGUGACUGUCUGCAUGUUGGCUGUGUCCACCCUCCAGCCUGGAACUGUGGGCAACACUCUCCUACUGACAAGACUGGAAAAGGACAACCCCCCAGUCACUGUGCAGAUCCCCACUGCCCAGGAUAAGUUCCCUCUGAGUUCAGCCCUGAGAGAAUUUGACGCUAUCCAGAAGGAACAGAAAGAGAACAGCAGCUGCACUGACAAGCGAGCCUGGUGGACAGGCAGACUGGCCCUGGACCACAGAAUGGAGGACCUCAUCACUUCCCUGGAGAAGCAUGUGUUGGGCUGCUGGCGAGGGCUGCUGCUGCCCUCCAGUGAAGAACCUGGCCCUGAGCAUGAGGCCACCCGCCUGCAGGAGUUGCUGCAGGACUGUGGCUGGCAGUAUCCCGACCCGACUCUGUUAAAAGUCUUGCUCAGUGGUGCCAGCACCCUCACAACCCAGGAUAUUCAGGCCCUGGCCUAUGGGCUGUGCCCGACCCAGCCAGCCAGAGCCCAGGAACUCCUGACUGAGGCAGCCAGGCGUCUACAGGGGCAGUCAGCACCAAGCAAUAAGCAUCUUGUCUUGGUGCUGGACAGGGACCUGCAGAAGCUGCCAUGGGAAAGCAUACCCUGCCUGCGAGCACUGCCUGUCACCCGGCUGCCCUCCUUCCACUUCCUGCUCAGCUAUUUCAUCCUCAAAGAGGCUGGGGCUGCAUCAGUGCUGAGCCAGGGGGUGGAUCCUCGGAGCACAUUUUACGUCCUGAACCCUCACAAUAACCUGGCAAGCACAGAGGAGCAAUUUCGAGCCAAGUUUAGCAGUGAAGCUGGCUGGAGAGGGGUGGUCGGGGAGGUGCCAAGCCCAGAACAGAUGCAGAUGGCCUUGACAAAGAACGACUUAUAUAUCUAUGCAGGUCACGGGGCUGGUGCCCGCUUCCUUGAUGGGCAGGCAGUACUGCGGCUAAGCUGCCGGGCAGUGGCCUUGUUGUUUGGCUGCAGCAGCGCAGCCCUGGCCGUGCAUGGAAACCUGGAGGGGGCUGGCAUUGUGCUCAAGUACAUCAUGGCUGGCUGCCCCCUGUUUCUGGGAAAUCUCUGGGAUGUGACUGACCGUGACAUUGACCGCUACACAGAAGCUCUCCUGCAGGGAUGGCUUGCAGCAGGCCCAGGGGCCCCUCUGCUCCACUAUGUCAGCCAGGCCCGCCAGGCUCCCCGACUCAAGUCUCUUAUUGGAGCUGCACCUGUUGCCUAUGGCUUACCUGUCUUCCUUCGGUGACACUUUGAGCUAUCUUAUUGCUGGUAGAAUCAUUGUGACUGUUCUACAUCCAAUCUUAAAUUUUACCCUCAGGAUAAAUAUUGUAAAGUUAUUUUCCCUUGUGUUUUAUAUGAAAUAUUUACUUUCAAUUUAACCUGAAUGUAAUAAAGAUAUAUCACUUAA